AUGGCGAUGGUGUGCUGUCAGAUGGUGCAGACAAGGCGCCACGACCCCCGCCGCCGCCGCCACCGCCGCCACCACCCCCGCCGCGGCUGCUGCCACGAGCACUGUUACUACCGCCACCAGUACCACCGCCGUGGCUGCUGCCACGAGCACUGUUACUACCGCCACCGGUACCCCCGCCGCGGCUGCUGCCACGAGCACUGUUACUACCACCACUGCUACCACCACCGCCAACGUGGCUGCUGCCACGAGCACUGUUACUACCAUCACCGCCGCCGCCGCCUCCGCCGUGGCUGCUACCACGAGUACUGUUACUACCAUCACUGCUACCGCCUCCGCCGCCACCACCCCCGCCGCGGCUGCUGCCACGAGCACUGUUACUACCGCCACCGGUACCCCCGCCGCGGCUGCUGCCACGAGCACUGUUACUACCGCCACCGGUACCCCCGCCGCGGCUGCUGCCACGAGCACUGUUACUACCGCCACCGGUACCCCCGCCGCCGCUGCUGCCACGAGCACUGUUACUACCGCCACCGGUACCACCGCCGCCGCUGCUGCCACGAGCACUGUUACUACCGCCACCGGUACCACCGCCGCCGCUGCUGCCACGAGCACUGUUACUACCGCCACCGGUACCCCCGCCGCGGCUGCUGCCACGAGCACUGUUACUACCGCCACCGGUACCCCCGCCGCGGCUGCUGCCACGAGCACUGUUACUACCGCCACCGGUACCCCCGCCGCGGCUGCUGCCACGAGCACUGUUACUACCGCCACCGGUACCACCGCCGCCGCUGCUGCCACGAGCACUGUUACUACCAUCACUACGGCCACCGCCGCCAACGUGGCUGCUACCACGAGUACUGUUACUACCACCACUACUAUCACCACUCCCGCCAUGGCCGCCGCUGCCAUCAGUAUUGCUACCACUGA